GUCAGUCAGAGAGCGGGUAGAGGACGUCGCCUGCGCUUUUUUGCCACGAUGCCCAUGUAUAAGGUGAGCCCCUUUUCAGCGGGGCCGGGCUUGGCUGUGCUGGCCCAGCACCUCCCUUCGUGCAUGUACCGGGUGCGCAACUUGCACCGUCAGUUCCAGGGCGGCGGCGGCACGGAAGCCGCCGCGGCUACCGUCUCCUCGUCGCCUCAGGAUGAGGUCGAUCCAUCCCUUCAGGCCCUUGAAUCCCGCCAAGAGGAGAUCUUGAAACGUUUGUAUGAAUUGAAGGCAGCUGUGGAUGGGCUCUCAAAGAUGAUUCAAACACCAGAUGCAGACUUUGAUGCAACAAACAUCAUCCAGGCAGAUGAACAUGCUCCGUUAACUGCCAGUGCUGCUGACCUGGAUAACUUACUUGGGAAGGACUAUGGCGCUCUGAAGGAUAUUGUGAUCAAUGCCAACCCCUCCCUACCUCCACUGUCAUUAUUCGUCCUCCACAGCCUGCUGUGUGAGCGCUACAAGGUAUUAUCUGCCAUUCAUACGCACUCGUCAGUGAAGUAUGUGCCAGAACACCUCCUGAAAUGUUUUGGUGAGCACACAAAGAAGCAAUCACGUCAUGAAUACCAGUUGGGCUUUACGCUAAUUUGGAAAGAUGUGCUGAAGCCCCAGAUGAAAUUCAGCAUUCAAACCAUGUGUCCAAUUGAAGGAGAAGGGAACAUUGCUAGAUUCUUGUUCUCUUUACUUGGCCAAAAGCACAAUGCGGUGACAGCCACUCUGAUAGACAGCUGGGUAGAUACGGCCAUCUUCCAGCUGAAAGAAGGAAGCAACAAGGAAAGGGCUGCGGUUCUGCGAUCCAUGAACACAGCCCUGGGCAAGACAUCCUGGCUUGUGGGAAGUGAACUGACCAUAGCAGAUGUUGUGACCUGGUGUGCAUUGCGGCAGACAGAAAGCACCAAUGCUGUCCCUGCCAACGUACAGAAAUGGCUGAAGUCUUGUGAGAAUCUGGCACCGUUUCACUCUGCUCUCAAGCUGCUGAAGUAAAUCUACAGGGGAAGAGGCUUUAAUAUUUUCUUUCUCAGCUAGCGAGCGUGGCCUCAACUGUUGUUGUAUGAAUGAAAUGCUAAAUCAGUCUAAAAGAUCAUAGGGCAAUAAAAUUAACAGAAUUGGUU